UCAGUGCAGAAAGGUUCUCUUGGUCAAGCAGUUGGCAGCAGUUUUCCACGGUCUUCCGGUAAAGCCCUUUACAGUGAAGUUGUAAAACGCCCUUCCAAGGUAUGUGAAUCAGUCAAGACUGAGGUAAGGACAUGUGAUUUUCAAGUAGACUCAGGCAAGCUCGGUCGACCCCAGAUGAGGUACCCAAUGAAAAGCAAAUCAAAACCCAUGCAAUCUGAACAAAACAUUCCUGCAAUUUGCCAUGAAAGUGCUUCGGGUGUUUGUUCUGAUUUUCCCCAGAAAUCCAUGCUAAGAGGAUCUUUUGAUCAAGCUGAUGCCCGCUUUGGAGAUUCACGCAACAGGCAGUGUGGAGCAAUCAGUCUGACGGCGGUGUUGAAAAGCAAGCUGAAGAAUGUGCUGACGUGGUCAACACCAGAUCUGGACGGUGUCUUGGUUGCAGGAACACGCCUCUAUGAGUAUCUGAGAAAACAGGGUAACAUAAAAGACCGGGAAGUGAAGGGUAGGAAUUAUAUUGCAGUCCAUGAAUUACCAAGGCGACAUGUGUUGGGUAAUACUACAUUUUCCAUCGAGUACACUCCAUCUCUGACUGGUUUUGUUAAUGUCAAUGAGUACCACGAGUAUGACCAAGUCAUAAGCAGUGUAGCCAUGCCACUUGAUGUAGCCCUUCAGCAAACUCUACUUAGUGCUGAUGCUUUCUUGUUAACCAUUUGUGCCAACACAUCUGCAGUUAUUAAGCAGGGGUCAUGGUAUGCAGUCGUUGACUCUCAUGCCAUCAGGACAGACACAAGUUGUGUAGUUUAUCACAGUACCAUAGAGUCUCUGUACAACUAUAUCAAUGACAUGGCACAGUUGUUUGGGCAACCCGAGCCACCAUUUGAGAUAACUGGAGUUUUGGUUCAUGCAGAUGCAGAAGUGUCUGAUCCGCUGCAAGAAGCAGGCAGCAGCAGUUUACCAUGCUCUUCCGGUAAAGCCCUCUACAGUGACGUUUUAAAACGCACACCAAAGGUACGUGAAUCUGUGAAGACUGAGCCAAAGACCCCUGAUUUUCCGGUACCUGUGGAUGAAGCUGCAGAUGUGAGAAACCCUAACCUUCCAACACAGACAGCCUCUAAUGUGUUGCCAAGUAAAGGUAAAAGAUUGAGGAAAGAAAAGCACAUUGAGCUGUCAGGUAAACAAGGUACAAAAUCACAUGCUGAAACCGUUGUAACCGAUGACCUGAUGAUCACUGAUGUUUCUGUUCCAGAUGUCUUUUUUUCUCCCUUAACACAUAAUGAUAAGCAAGCUUUAUGUGAGAUCAUACAAAUGUCGAAUGAUAACAGUGACCAUAAUGUCAUAAACUUUGGUCCCAUAUCAGCUCCGUGUCAGACAAAGACCAUUAAACCAGACGGCAACUGUUUUUUCAGAUCAUUGGCACAUGUGAUAUGUGGAAGUGAGGAGAAACACUUAAAGGUUCGCCGUGCAGUUGUGAAACAUCUGAAGAUGAAUACUCCGCUGUUUGAGAGGUACGUGAGAAGUGAGUAUUCUUCAGCAGAGGAUUAUCUGACACGAUCUAGAAUGUUUUAUUCUGGCUCAUGGGUAACCGAAAUUGACAUAUUUGUUGCGGCCAAUCUUUUCAAAACCACCAUAAUGACUUUUAAUGACAGCCGAUGGAAUGCACACAAACCUACCGGAGAGGUAUCCAAUCAGAAUGCAAUUUAUCUGAAACACUGUAACCGUAAUCAUUAUGAAGUUGUGACAUGUGUUAAGCACAGGGAUCGAGAGAGUGUUUGUGCAGGAGCAUGUGGAAAUGUGGUGUCAAAUGAGGUCAGCAAACCAUGUCUGCGUAAGCGAAAGGUAAGCGAUGCUGCAGAAUGUUGUCCCACCAAAAGACAUUGGGAGAGAUAUAGCAACGACCGUGAGUACAGACAAAAACAAUUGAAGUACAAGAAGUCAAAGUAUGGUAAUGACCCUGAAUACAGACAGAACAAAAUUGAGCAUGCCAAAGCUAAAUAUUGUGAUGCCAUUUACAGGGGGAAAAAAAUUGAGAAUGCCAAAACAAAAUAUUCUGAUGACACCGUUUACAGGGGGAAAAAAAUUGAAUAUGACAAAACAAAAUACAGUAGAGAUAGAUAUUACCAAGAGAGAAAAAAGGGAAUUCUUCGUGACAAAUAUCUAAAAAAUGUUGAUGUUCGUUUAUCAAAGUGUGAACGUUCUAAAGCCAAGUACUUGAGCAAUAUUCAGUUCCAAAAACGUGUUUGCCAGUAUUCUCGAUUGAAAUAUAAAUAUAAUGUUUCUUUUCAGGCAAAUGUAUGUGCGUAUUCAAAGAAAAAAUAUCUGCAAAACUUGUCCUUCAAAGCAAGAGUGCGUGAGUAUUCAAAGAAAAAAUAUCUGCAAAACCUGUCCUUCAAAGCAAGAGUGCGUGAGUACUCAAAGAAAAAAUAUCUGCAAAACCUGGCCUUCAAAGCAAGAGUGUGUGAGUAUUCAAAGAAAAAAUAUCUGCAAAACCUAGUCUUCAGAAGAAGAGUGCGUCAGUAUUCUGUGAUUAAAUACCAUAAAGAUGUGAACUUCCGUGUUCUUGCAAUACAAAAAGGUUGUGAAAAGUAUGCAAGAAAGAAGGAACAAAAAGACAUUGAUGUUGCUAUUGGUAAUUUUAGACAAGAAAUUAGUAGUGGUCCAGAGUUUGUGUGCUGUGUCUGUCACCGUUUACUUUUCAGAAAGCAGGUUGUUGAAUGUAGAAGACAAUGCUAUGAAGACAAAGGUGUAAAAAUUGCUGCUUUGGGAAGAAGAUGCAUCACAACCAGGUAUGUUCAUGUCUGUGAUCAAAUGUGUGAAGGAUCUUCUGCUCAUUCCUCAGGUUGCAAAUUAUGGAUCUGUCUAACGUGCCAUCGAAAAAUCCUUUGUGGACAACUGCCCGAAGAGAGUGUUGCUAACAACAUGCAUUUGGUGGACGUUCCAAAUCAACUGAAAUGUCUCAACUCUUUGGAACAACAUCUCAUUGCACGUAACAUUCCUUUUAUGAAAUUACUGUGCCUUCCUCGUGGUAAACAACAUGGAUGCCAUGGCCCUGUAGUUUGCGUCCCAGUAAAUGCCACAGAUGUGUCCAAUAUCCUUCCACGAAAUGAAUGUGACGACAAGAUGAUAAGGAUCAAACUGAAACGCAAGUUAACCUACAAAGGGCAUUAUGAGUACAAGUAUGUACACACUGAUCGUGUUCGAAAUGCUCUGAAAUAUUUGAUCAGGUUCAAUAAGUGGUUCAGUGAUGUGGAGAUUAAUCGGCAGUGGAUCAACUCUUUGAAUGAACCAGAAGAAAAUGUUGUAGAUGAAAUGGAGCAACAAGACGUAGUUGAAAAGAUUGAUGACGAAAAUGACCUUGAUGAACAGCAAGAGGAAGACCUUACCUACAUCAGAGAGCAAAGUGGUCUUUUGUCAGAUACGUCAUUGCAACCUGUCAACAUCGGUUCGGAAGUAAUUGAUCAGCAUUUCCAGGAUGUAUUAAAUCUGGCACCUGCUGAAGGUAACAGUCCUGUUAGUUUGUUAUCCGAUAGGUCUAACGAAGCAAAAUGUUUCCCUGUUCUGUAUCCAACUGGUGGUCCGACAUUUCAUGAUAAGAGGGAGGUAAAAAUAACAUUGUCGAGAUACUUGAAUGCAAGAAUCCUCAAUGCGGAUGGACGUUUUGCACGAAGCACAGACUUCAUUUUCUAUGCACAGUAUCUGUCUGAGAUUGAUCAAGUUGUUUCCAAUGUUUCAAUUGCUUUACGCAAAGGAUCUGAGAAGAGUUUGUUGACUGAAGUGACAUCAGAUGUGCUAACAAACCCAGACUCGUUAUCUAAAAUCUUGAAUUUUGAUGAAGGAUACAAGUUUCUGAGACCAAUCCGUGGAACGCCACCAUAUUGGCAGUCUACUCAAAAAGACCUUUUUGCACUUGUAAGACAGCUAGGUAUUCCGACUUUUUUUGCAUCCUUUAGUUCUGCGGAUCUCAGAUGGCCAGAAAUUAUUAAUACCAUAAUCAAACAAGAAGGGAAAAAUCUGAAAGCAGAUGAACUUGACUGGUCUGAAAAAUGUGGAUUGAUUAGACGAAACCCAGUGACUGCUGCAAGAAUGUUUGAUCAUAGAUGGCAUUGUUUUCUGAGAGAUGUAAUCAUGUCUUCAGCUCAACCGAUCGGCAAGAUAGUAGAUUACUUUUAUCGCGUGGAGUUUCAACAGCGUGGAUCUCCUCAUGUUCACUGUCUGUUUUGGGUUGAAAAUGCCCCAACGUUAAAUGAAGACAAUGAAGAAAAUGAUGGUUUGGUUGCUAGUUUCAUUGAUCGUUACAUCACUUGUGAGACCCCAAGCGAGGAUGAAACUGAACUGUUUGAGAUUGUCAACGGUGUUCAGAAACACAGUGUCAGACAUUCAAAGACAUGUCGUAAGAAAAAGACAGUUUGCAGAUUUAAUUUUCCACGACCCCCAUCAAGCCGUACCUUUAUUACAAGAGGUGGUAGUCGAGACGAUUUUAAAAGCGGUGACGGAAAAGAUACUGCACGUACAGUUUUAGAAAAAGUGAAAAAGGCUUUAACAGCUUCUGAUAUGGAUUAUGACUCAACUGAUGCAUUUUUUGAAUCAAUUGGUAUUAACCAAGCUCUCUUUGAGAAAGUGUAUGCACAGUGUUCCAAAAAGAAAUCCGUUGUCCUGAAAAGAAGUCCAAAAGACGUCUGGGUGAACCAGUAUAAUCAACAUUUACUGCGUGCCUGGCAAGGCAACAUGGAUAUCCAGUACGUCACUGAUGCUUACUCCGUAGUGGUUUACAUUAUCAGUUACAUCACAAAAGCAGAACAAGAAAUGGGAUUGUUGCUGCAACGUGCGCAAAACGAAGCCAUGAAUGGAAACCUUGAAGCGAGAUCAUCACUGAAGAUGCUUGGUAGUGUAUAUCUUCACAACAGAGAAGUUUCUGCUCAAGAGGCUGUGUAUCGUCUGACCGGUAUGCACUUGAAGGAAUGUUCUCGUAAGGUCCAGUUUAUUCCAAUUGGAUUGAAUCCUGUAAAGAUGAGUUUGCCUCUUCGUGUCAUCAAAAACAAAGUUGAUCAGUCUGGUGAAGAAGCUAGCUUUUGGAUGACUAGUCUGGUUGACCGAUACAAGAAUAGGCCAAACACGGAAGAGUUUGAGAUCCAAUGUCUUGCAAGUUUUUGCUCUGAAAACAGGAUCUUGUCAAAAUCGGAGGUUUCUUCACAAAAAAAGUCUUCUGAAGACAAGGUGAUCAAGCUUAACAACGACUGUGGUUAUAUGAUGAAGAGAACUCGAACUGACCCUGCUGUUGUUCGAUAUCCGAGAUUUUCUCCCAAAAAAGAUCCAGAAAAGUACUUUCAUUCAUUGUUGCAACUUUUCUUGCCACAUUAUGAAGAUUGUCAGCUCAAGCCUGAGAGUUUUACCACUUAUGAGGAAUUCUACAACAGUGGUGCUGUGAAAUGUGGGAGAAAUGUGACUCAAGUCAAAUGUAUUGUUGAUGCUAAUCGAGCACUCUUUGAAAAGGAAAGUGACAAAAUUGAUCGAGCUCAACAGCUUUUGGAGCAAGGUGUUGAUUUGGAAGAUGCUUGGGCUGCAUUAUGUCCUGAAACUGAAAAGGAACGCCAUGAAUGCUUGGAACUAAGGAAGAGUAAUACAAUUCCUGAUGAAGAUGAUUCUGAGUGUUCUAUUCCAGAUCUUGUAGCGAACCCUCGAACUCCAUACAGUAUUGAAACCAAUCAGGCUGGAAUGUCUAGAGAAGAGGCAUUAUGUUUACUGCGAUCAUUAAAUGCACAACAAUCUGUAAUCUUUUACAAAGUACGGAAAUGGUGUUUAGAGAAACUUCUUGGUGAAAACCCUGAACCAUUUCACUUGUUUGUCACUGGUGGAGCAGGCACAGGCAAGAGUCAUUUAAUCAAAGCGAUCUACUAUGAAUCUUCCAGACUUUUAUCUGAGCUGUCCGAAAACCCUGAUGAUAGAAGUGUGAUUUUAACUGCGUCAACCGGAGUGGCCAGUUUUCAAAUUGGUGCUUCUACAAUCCAUAAUACCUUUUCCAUAGGUGCUAAUGUCAAACUGCCAUAUCAGCCCCUAAGUGAUGACAAAAUCAAUUCACUGCGUGCAAAACUGGGAAGUUUGCAGAUUCUGAUCAUUGAUGAGGUGUCUAUGGUUGACCAUCACCUUUUGUCUUAUGUUCAUGGUAGAUUGAGACAAAUUAAGCAAACUGGUGACUACUCCAUUUUUGGAAGAGUCAGUUUGGUCUGUGUUGGUGAUUUUUAUCAGCUACCACCAGUCAAGGGAAUUCCCCUGUACGUUGAUCCAAAAGGAGUGAAUCUUUGGGAUACCAACUUUGAAAUUGCUGAACUAACACAAGUUGUCAGGCAACAAGAUGCAUCUUUUGCUGAAAUGUUAAAUCGUCUGAGACUUCAUAAAAAGAAUGAAACUCUAAGCCCAAAUGACAUCAACAUGUUGAAGCAACGUGAAACUGGUGAAGAAUGCGAUGCCAUUCAUAUAUUCCCUACAAAUGCUCAGGUUGAUGAGUACAAUAUACAGAAACUUAAUGAGCGUUGUCCUGAGGCAAUCACUAUUCACGCUAGAGACUUCGCUAGAAAUCCAGAAACUGGAAGGAUAGAAAGGAAAGUUGGAUUUCAUACAAAAGUUUUCAACUCGUGUUUGGACAAAUGUGUUUCCUUGGGUGUUGGUGCCAGAGUAAUGCUUAGGAAAAAUGUUGAUGUUUCUGAUGGACUUGUCAAUGGAGCCUGUGGCACAGUUGUCCACAUAAGCAGAAAACAAAGACAUGAUGAUGAUGAUGAAGAUGAUGACUUCCCAUCAGCUAUCCAUGUUGAAUUUGAUGAUCCAAAUGUUGGUAAAGUUCAGAGAUCGAAGCUGCGACAGAAAUAUUCCCCAAAUUCGACUGUUAUUGAAGUGGAAGAAGAUCAAGUCUCAAACGAUGGUGGUUUAAGACGUCAGUUUCCACUUAAAUUGGCAUGGGCAUGCACCGUUCAUAAAGUGCAAGGACUCACAGUAGAUAAAGCGGUCGUCUCACUUGACAAGGUAUUUUCUCCGGGACAAGCAUACGUUGCACUGAGUCGUGUGAGAACCCUCGAUGGACUAAUAAUUAAUAACUUCAAAGACUCUGUCAUAUAUUGUAAUGAGAAAAUCGACUCUGCUAUGAAAAACAUGCCCCGACUUGCUUUAGAAAAUUACAGUUUUGUAAAGACACCUGGCGUGUUUACAAUUGCUCUUCAUAAUGUACAAAGUCUUCGAGCUCAUGUUCAAGAUCUUCAAGUUCACAGACCGAUAAUGAAUGCAGAUUGCAUCUGUUUAACUGAAACGUGGCUAAAAGUUGAAGACCAAAUACAGAUUCCAGGAUUUGUUUUUAUGAACAAUCCAAGAGCUAAAUGUUAUGACAACAGUACUCCACUUUUCACUGAUUUAAAACAACAAAGAGGAGGUGGAGUUGGACUAUUCUGUUGUGAAAGCAUUCAUUUUAAUGUCAGGGUUCCAGAACCUUGUAACUUGGAAUGUCUAUACUUUGCAGUUCCACAUCUAAAUUUGAAUGCUGCUUUGCUGUACAGACCUAAUUCAUAUCCACUUAAUCUGUUUCGACAAAAUAUGUUGCAUGUUAUUGAUGAGCUGGAGAAACAGUCAGGAAAGAAAGUGAUUAUGGGAGAUUUCAAUGAGGACAUCUUGACAUCAUCUACAAUUGGUACACUAAUGGAACUACAUGGAUACAGUCAACAUGUGCAACACCCUACCACUGAAAAAGGUACACUGAUAGACCAUGUCUAUGUUAAAGAUGCAGAAAAUGUCUCUGUUGAAAUUGUGCAAACAUAUUACAGUUACCACCAAGCAGUCCUUAUUUCACUGAGGUAAAAAUUAAUGUGUGUGAUUAUGUACUGAAAUGUGUAUAACCUGCAUUAUUUUUUUCUUGUCUGUGCUCUUACUUGUUCAAUGUUCAUCCUGAGCUUCCAACUGGCAUACAACUGCAGGGCAAGUGUACAACUGGAGACGGUAUGUUCUAAGUCUAUCUAUAUCUAAAUGAAUAACUCUUAUAAUGAUCCAUCAGUUGAAUAUGUACAGCUCUUCCAUGUUAUGAUUGAAGUAUUAUCUGAAGGUAAUCCAUUUUAUCAAUGCAACACUCUGAAAUGAGAAUUGUAUCACUGUAUUGUCUGUUCUGUUUUUGUGUCCAUACGAUAUGAGUGCUAUCCUGAGAUUCCAACAUGGUCGGAGUCCAGUUAAUCCAGCCUGUAAUUCAAACAAGUGAUCAUCAUUUUCAAUCCAACAUCUCCCAUAAUUGCUCUUCUUUCUUGAGCUAGUAAGCUUCACCCAGCCAAGGAAGCAUCCACAAAGACUGCCUGCAUCCAUCCAUUUGUCUCCUAAUAUCACAAUUAAGUCAAUAGAACAACACAAAAAUGGUUUGUGCAUCAAAUCUCACUAACUAUUGUCAAAGAUUUCUGCAAUACGCUGCACAUGUGAAACUUCCUCCUUAUCCUAUAUUUGAUUUUUCUAUGCCAUUAAAUGUUUUUAUGAAGAAGCACACAACCAAUCAAAAGGUUUGUGCAUGAAAACCCAAUAUCUACUGUCCACUGUUCCCAAGAGAUUUCUGCAAUGUUACACUUCAAACUUCCGCCUUAUCCAUUAUGAUUCUCCGCUCCACGAACUGUUUUUAUGAAGAGGCACACAACCAAUCAAAAGGUUUGUGCAUGAAAACCCAAUAUCUACUGUCCACUGUUCCCAAGAGAUUUCUGCAAUGUUACACUUCAAACUUCCGCCUUAUCCAUUAUGAUUCUCCGCUCCACGAACUGUUUUUAUGAAGAGGCACACAACCAAUCAAAAGGUUUGUGCAUGAAAACCCAAUAUCUUCGGUCCACUACUCCAAAAAGAUUUCUGCAAUGUUACACUUCAAAUUUCCGCCUUAUCCAUUAUGAUUCUCCGCUCCACGAACUGUUUUUAUGAAGAGGCACACAACCAAUCAAAAGGUUUGUCCAAUACGUUACACUUCAAACUUCCGCCUUAUCCAUUAUGAUUCUCCGCUCCACGAACUGUUUUUAUGAAGAGGCACACAACCAAUCAAAAGGUUUGUGCAUCAAAACCCAGUAUCUCCUGUCCACUACUCCCAAAAGAUUUCUGCAAUUUACUACACAUCAAACUUCCUUCUCCAAUAUGACUCUCCACCCCAUGAACUGUUUUUAUGAAGAGGCACACAACCAAUCAAAAGGUUUGUGCAUGAAAACCCAAUAUCUUCGGUCCACUACUCCAAAAAGAUUUCUGCAAUGUUACACUUCAAACUUCCGCCUUAUCCAUUAAGAUUCUCCGCUCCAUGAACUGUUUUUAUGAAGAGGCACACAACCAAUCAAAAGGUUUGUGCAUCAAAACCCAAUAUCUCCUGUCCACUACUCCCAAAAGAUUUCUGCAAUUUACUACACAUCAAACUUCCUUCUCCAAUAUGUCUCUCCACCCCAUGAACUGUUUUUAUGAAGAGGCACACAACCAAUCAAAAGGUUUGUGCAUGAAAACCCAAUAUCUUCGGUCCACUACUCCAAAAAGAUUUCUGCAAUGUUACACUUCAAUCUUCCGCCUUAUCCAUUAUGAUUCUCCACUCCAUGAACUGUUUUAUGAAGAGGCACACAACCAAUCAAAAGGUUUGUGCAAUACGUUACACUUCAAACUUCCACCUUAUCCAUUAUGAUUCUCCGCUCCACGAACUGUUUUUAUGAAGAGGCACACAACCAAUCAAAAGGUUUGUGCAAUACGUUACACUUCAAACUUCCACCUUAUCCAUUAUGAUUCUCCGCUCCACGAACUGUUUUUAUGAAGAGGCACAAAACCAAUACAAUGUGAAUACAAAGUCAUUGUUCAAGUAUCUUCA